UAAAGGGUUUUUUGGGGAGUUUUUCCUGAUCAGCUGUGAGGGUCAUAAGGACAGAGGGAUGUCGUAUGCUGUAAAGCCCUGUGAGGCAAAUUGUGAUUUGUGAUAUUGGGCUUUAUAAAUAAAAUUGAUUGAAUUGAUUGAAUUGAUAAAGGCUUCUUGGAGGCAUCCAUCUUUGUUUACGUUAGGUCGUAAAUGGUACAAACUCAAACGGGACGCACACCGCCAAUUUAAAAAGGAAGUUACGACAUUUUACGACAUCAUAUUCAGUCUGAUCGCUCGUAGCAACGUAAAUGGAUCACAGCAUUACACUGAGGCCCCCUGACGUCACCCUGUAGCUCCGCCCCUGCCCCUCAGAACAAGGUGACUCAGGGGCUGUCCACACCAACGCAGGUAUUUAUAUAACCGUGACUCUUUGCUCACAGUUUGGCCUUUCAUUCACACGUAACCGCAGUUUUGGGCCCCUGUAACCGGACUUAUUUGUAACCGGAGUCCAGGGUGAACUUCUUGGAAAACUCUGGUGUCAGCAGUCAUGUGUCGACAGGAUAACUAAAUAAUAAGGACAGAGGGAUGUCGUAUGCUGUAAAGCCCUGUGAGGCAAAUUGUGAUUUGUGAUAUUGGGCUUUAUAAAUAAAAUUGAUUGAUAAAAUUGACUUAGAACAUCCCUAAUGACAACUAGACCUUCCUUCAGGACUCGUAGAACCUGCUUUAUGACUUGUAGAACCACCUUCAGGGCCCCUAGAACCUGUCUUAUGACCUCAAGGACCUCCUUCAGGACACCUAGAACCACCCCAGUGACCACCAGAUCCUCCUUCAGGACCCUGAGAACCUGCUGUAUGGCCUCUAGAACCACCUUCAAGACCCUUAGUACUACCGUAAUGACCUCUAACACCUGCUCUGUGGUAUUAGUACUUCUGUGGUAGUUCGCCCUCCGCUCCAGCAGGGUUCGCUGGAACCAUUUUGCUGUGGUCCAAGCGAAGUGUCGUCGACGCGGAACCCCGUGUGUGUGUGUGUGUGUGUGUGUGUGUGUGUGUGUGUGUGUGUGUGUGUGUGUGUGUGUUUACGUCUCCACCGCUGUCUCUCUGUCUUUGUCCGCAGACACGGAUGAAGAUGUGCGCCGUGCAGCUGCUGCGGGUGUCGGUCCAUGAGCGGAUCAGCGCCGCCGCUGAAGACUUCCUGCUGCGGCUGGAGAAAGCGAGAGAAGCGGCUGAGAUCCCGGAGCUGAGAGCGCUGCUCACCGAGCGGUUAACGGCGGCUGCGGAGGAGAUCGUCGGUCUGUUGGAGGAAACCGUGGCGGAGUACGAAGACAGAGUGGAGCGGUCAGAGCGGGAGAUCUGCCGCCAGAGGAGGCUGCUGGAUGCCGUGCUGAAGCCUGAAGUCCGGCUGCACCGAGCGGACGUCCAGCAGCUGUUGGUGGUUAAAGAAGAGGUUCCCCCUGAGCAGCAGGAGUGGAGCUCCAGUGUGGACCAGGAGGACCCAGAGCCCCCACACAUUAAAGAGGAAGAGGAGGAACUGUGGAGCAGUCAGGAGGGAGAGCAGCUUCAAGGGCUGGAGGAGGCUGAUAUCACCAAGUUCACAUUCACUCCUGUCCCUGUGAAGAGUGAAGAUGAUGAAGAGACACCUCAGUCUGAGGGACACCACUGUGGAGGACCAGCACCAGGACCAGUGCCUAGAGACUCUUCUGAAGCUGAUGUAGAGGACUGUGGAGGACCAGGACCAGACAGGCACUCGCAUCCGGAUUCAGAUUUACUACCAGACACUGAAGACUACUCCCUGAACUCUUCUGAGACUGACGACAGUGAUUGGUCACAAUCAAAUGAAGCCCAGUCGGGCGUGGAGGGUCAGAAACACAGUGAUUCCCCUGAGGGCGAUUCAUCAACAAAGGAGAGACCAUUUCCUUGCUCCUACUGCGGAAAAAGAUUCAGUCUGAAGGGAAACCUAAACCGACACAUCAGAGACCACACAGGUGAACGACCGUUUCCCUGCACCGGUUGUGAGAAGUCAUUUAAAGACAGUGGGUCGUUGACGGCACACAUGAGGUGUCACACCGGAGAGCAGCCAUACAGCUGCCUGUUCUGUGGGAAGAACUUCAGCGGCCGAGGGAACAUGACCCGGCACAUGAGGAUCCACACCGGAGAGAAACCCUUCACCUGCUCAGUGUGCAGCAAAAGCUUCCACGUCAAAGAGCACCUCAACCGACACAUGAAGUACCACACCGGCGAGAAACCCUUCAGCUGUUCCGUCUGCGGGAAAGGUUGCGCCCAGAAAACGGACCUGAAGAAGCACAUGAGGGUCCACACGGGGGAGAAACCCUUCAGCUGUCCGUUCUGUGGGAAGUGCUGUGCUGAGAAAGGAGACCUGACCAAACACAUGAGGGUCCACACAGGGGAGAAACCGUUCAGCUGCAACAUCUGCGGGAAAAGCUGCGCCCAGAAGGGGAGCCUGAAGAUCCACAUGAGGACGCACACUGGAGAGAAACCCUUCAGCUGCUCCGUCUGUGGGAAGUGUUUUACCGUGACAGGACAUUUAAAGAGACACAUGAAGCUGCACGCCGCCGACAGUCAGCAGGCAGACGGACGGGAGGCCAAGGCCACAAACUCGUGUUCAGAUAAAGUCCGACAGGAAGCCGAACCUGGGAAAACAUCGUGAUGGUCCAUCAGUCAGGAGACACAGAUACAUUCAACUGUUACAGAUAGGGUUUCCACGGUCAGGUAGGUCCUGGAAAAGUUAUUUCCAGGCCUGGAAAUGGUACGGAAGUAACUGGAAGCUGAACCUGUAAACACAUUGUGAUGGUCCGUCAGUCAGGAGACAUGUUAACCAAGCUCCUCAUGACUCGACCGUCACAGUGUUCCAGCGAGGAAGGUCCUGGAAAAGUUCUUUCCAGGCCUUGAAAUGGUUUGGAACCAAACCCAAAAACACAUCUGACAUUACACGACAUACGUUCCUCAUAUCAGUAAUUUAAAAUCUAGCGCGGCCCUAUGUGACCCUAUGUUGGAACAUCACUGGUAUCACGUGAUGACCAGAUUCAAAGUGUUGCAGAGGCCACGUCCCUUUUUGGGAGAAGGAAGCGUGUUGUGACAUCAGCAGAGAAACAGGAAGUUGCCAAAUGCCAAUUUUCUCCCCAUCUAAGCAUGGGUUUUGUGAGUCAACUGUACAGUUGCUGAAGCUAAUUAACUUAGCAUUAGAUGUCAAUCGUACGAGUUGUUUAUCGUUCAGCAUUGUUUAUGGAUCUAGCACAGUUAGCUGCGAGCUCAGACACCUCCACCUCUGGUUUCGCCCUGUUUAACACCGUUAGCACUGUUAGCUCAGACACCGCCAUGUUGACAACCGUGUGCAUACAAUCUGACUUUACGGCAGAACGUGUUGUUCACAUGAAUCGAGUCACAGAUCUGCAGCUUUGAUCCGACCAAUGGGAGGAGAGAACGGUGUCACCUGACUGAUCACAUGAUCCGAGAGUCAGUCUGACGGACACACAGGUUGUUAACAGACAAUAAAGUUUUAUGAAUCACCUCAUAUUAUCAAAUACCAAUAAUGUUUAUUUAUUGGCUGCAGUUGAGUCAUGUGAUGUUUCUGAUGUCAGAGGAAACAGGAAGUGAAGGAGAAAUCGGAAGUGAAGGAGAAGAAACAGGAAGAUGUGUUUACUGUUGAUCUCGUUCAUGUGAUGAUGAAAUAAAAGUGAUCAACAGAUGAAACUUUA